AUGGAAGAAGAGCAACCUCCGGCCAAGAAACGAAACAUGGGGAGAUCUAGAAAAGGUUGUAUGAAAGGUAAAGGUGGUCCAGAGAACGCGACGUGUACUUUCCGUGGAGUUAGGCAACGUACUUGGGGUAAAUGGGUCGCUGAGAUCCGUGAGCCUAACCGUGGGACCCGUCUCUGGCUCGGCACUUUCAAUACCUCGGUCGAGGCCGCCAUGGCUUACGACGACGCCGCUAAGAAACUGUACGGACACGAGGCUAAACUCAACUUGUUGCACCCACCACAACAACAGCAACAGCAAGUGAGUAACAACUUGUCUUUUUCGAGCCACCGGUCGGGUUCUUGGACUUGUAAGCUCGAUGCGAUUCGUGGGCUGGACCUUGGUCUCGGUCCGUCAAGUGCGUCACGAGGUUCGUGGUCGGACAGAUCGAGUUUUGUACAAGAAGAGGAUGAUCAUCAUCGAUGUUUGUCUUCAAGUGGGUCGAAUCUUUGUUGGUUACUACCUAAACAAAGUGAUUCACAAGAUCAAGAAAGCGUUAAUGCCGCCAGUGGCUCUACGCUAACGUUUUCGACGAAAUUGAAACCAAAGAACUUGGUGAGGAAUCAGAAUUAUGGGUUAUCAAAUAAUGGAGCUUGGUCUAGGUUUCUUGUGGGACAACAAAAGAAGAAAGAGCAUGACGUGUCAUCCUCGUGUAGCUCGUCGGACAAUAAGGAGGCUAUGUCGUCGGUUCCUAGCGGCGGCGGAGAAAGGAUGCAUAGGCCGGAGGUGGAGGAGGGAACAACAGGAUAUUUGGAGAUGGAUGAUCUUUUGGAGAUUGAUGAUUUGGGUUUGUUGAUUGGCAAAAAUGGAGAUUUCAAGAAUUGGUGUUGUGAUGAGUUUCAACAUCCAUGGAAUUGGUUCUGA